CGAAAAGUCGUCAUCGCGUUGCGCGCACCUCCGCCACGAAUACACCACUUGCGCGUGCGUUUCACAUAAAUUUUUUUUUUUUACAAUUCUGGUACCAAAUUACUGCCGGCUGUCUGUCUCCUGUACCGAUUACGGAAUUCACGCGAAUUAACUUUUACUUCUUUGGCGCGCCGCAACUCGCCGGACGAGUGCCGGACAACAAGUGCGCUGCUGUGCCAAUUUCGACACCUGACUCGCAAUAAUUAAUAAAUAAACUUAAUCAAAAGCCAGCGAUAUGGCGAUGACGCGAAGUUUCCUCAACGUGAUCCUGCUGGGAUUCGCGUUCAUGUCGGUGUUCACCGCGUUUCAAACCAUGGGUAAUGUUCAGAAAACAAUGUUGGACAGUAUAAAAAAAGAAGACUCCAACUUCAAAGGCGAUGGCUACACAUCCCUAGCAAUCAUCUACGCGGUCUUCGCCAUCUUCAACUGGGCAGCCCCGUCCGCCAUCAGCAUGGUAGGCCCGAAAAUCUCAAUGAUCUUCGGUGCAUUAACAUAUCUAUUCUUCAUCUUAAUGUUCCUCAUACCCAAAACCUGGCUGCUGUACCUCGCCAGUGGCGUGAUCGGCGUAGGCGCCGCGAUGAUCUGGACCGGUCAGGGCAACUAUUUGACGCUCAACUCGACGCCGGCGACGAUGUCGAGGAAUUCGGGCAUCUUCUGGGCCAUGCUACAAGCCAGUAUGUUUAUCGGUAAUCUCUACGUCUACUUCCAACUCGAAGGCAAAAACCGAAUCGACAAAGACACGCGAACCGUAGUAAUCUGGGUACUUUCCGGUAUCGCCAUGGUCGGCAUCGGAAUCCUCGUCAUUCUCCCGCGCGCCCGCCGCGAGGACGAAGACAGCACCGAAGAACUCAACGUGAAACCCGACGGUCCAGUUCAAGCCCUCGUCGGCGCAGGCAAAUUAUUCGCAUUACUAAACAUUGAUUCUGUAUUUCUAGCAUCACUUUCUUCUGGUACUGAAUUGUCCUUCUACAGUGGUUUAUUGGGUAAUUGUGUCAAUUUUUCUAAGUAAAUUGUUUUUAAAAUAAAUUAUUUUACAGGAGGAGCACUUUUUGGUAUUUUGGGUGCUAAGACAACGCGAUGGGGGAGAGAUCCUAUCGUGAUGGCAGGAUUUUUGAUUCAUUGUGUUGCAUACUUUUUGAUCUUCCUGAAUCUUCCUGAUAAAGCGCCUUUGGCUGAAACUAUGGAUAAAGGUUUUAUUGAACCAAAUGCGCCGUUGGCGAUUUUCUGUUCUUUCCUGCUUGGUUUUGGUGAUGCGUGCUACAACACACAAAUCUACAGUAUUCUUGGAGGUGUCUUCCGGGAUAACAGCGCGUCGGCGUUCGCCAUCUUCAAAUUCACCCAGUCUGUGGCGGCUGCCGCUUGUUUCUUCUACGCUUCCGCCGUGGGGUUGUACGUACAACUAGGCCUUCUUCUCGGCCUGGCUGUGAUCGGCACCGUAUCCUUCGUCCUAGUCGAAUGGGAGGUAAAACGCGAGAAUCGCGAGAAAACCGACUCCGCUUCCGUGAGCGGCUCGAGUUCAGCCAGCGACUCGUAGAACCACCACGAAACCAACUCUUUUAGUUAAAAACUAAAAGAGUUGCGAUCGCUAAUCAUCAGGUUAUUAAUAAAUUUUAUUGCUACGUAAUUAAUAUUUAAUGCGUUGAAUGCGAGUGAACAAACACAAAUGUUUAGGCUGUCUUAAGAUAAGUAGAUAAUCGAAGAAGUUGUCUUCCACCUACGUAACGACUGCACCAUACAACAAAGUCAUUCCACAGUUUUAUUUAUUUUAAAUAUGUAUGUAUUUACUUAAUUCCGUGUCGAGGCAAAUCACAGAGACACUAGAUUUUUAUGAGGCGUGUGAAGUAAUUUAUAUCAUUGUGACGAUUGCGUUCGCGGCGAUUCUAUUGUCUUCGGACCUGAGUGAAAAGUUCAAACUCCAGACUGAUCUGUGAUUCUAGCGUAAAAAUAUCACACUAUUAGAUUGUAACUGUAACUAGUUUAGCACCUAAGAAUUGUCAGAGUUUAUCAGAACCACAUUUUGAAAGUUAUAUUAACGUGCUAUAUGCACAAAUGUGCCCGUCAAUAAAUAAAAUAUACAAUAUUAAAUAAA